GCGGCACGUCGCGAGAGGAGGCUCCAGGCGCUCCUCCCGUCGCCGCUCCCGAGGAGCGAGUCACCCCUCCGGCGGCGCUUCCACACGCCCUCGAGAGCGCGGCGGGAGAGCUUGCUCCCGCGCCGGCCUUCGACGAGUCGCCGCCGUCGGUCGACCCGGCUGCGGGAUGGGGGAUUGCGCCUUCCGAUGGCGCGGUGCUUGCUCCGGUGGCGGCGCCAGCGGGUGGCGGGGGCGAGGAUCUGGUGGACAAGUGGGCGGCAAAGUGA